AUGUCCCUGGCGCGCUCAGCCAGCGGCCCAGGCGGUUUAACAAUCAACACUGGCGCCGCUAACACCCUAACGCCCUCGUCCCAACCUCAAUCGACCGGUGGGCUUUUCGGAUCCGCAACCACAAAUAACAACUCCAAUCCGGCGACCGCGACCGGUGCGAUGGCGACCGCAGGUGGACUCUUUGGCGCGGCGGGAGCGCAGCCAAAGACGGGCCUAUUUGGAGCAUCGACAACGACACAAGCGCCAGCGAGCGGUGGCGGGCUCUUUGGCAACAGUACGGCGACACCCUCCGCACAGCAGCCGCAACAAGGGCAGGCAGCACCAGCAUCGGGCGGUCUCUUUGGCAAUGCAGUGUCGCAGCCCAAGCCUGCUGGCAGUCUAUUCGGGGGAGCUGCUGCGCAACCGGCGACAAAUACGACGAACACAACAAACACAGGCCUCUUUGGCGGUGGCUCUGCAACGACGCAGCAACCUGCUCAAACAGGCGGCGGGCUUUUUGGCAACACACAGCAGGCGGGGGCUACUGCAGGUGCUUCAGCCUUUGGCCAGCCCCAAGCAAAGCCAUCUGGCGGACUUUUUGGCCAAAGUCAGCAACCAACACAAGCAGCGAACCAGGUUCCCGCGGUCCAGAUCAACUAUGACAACUUGCGUCCGCGAUCCCGAUUCGACGACCUGGCCCAACCGAUCCAAGACGAGGUGGCGCUGAUAGACAAAGGUAUCCAGCGCGUCAUGAAGAUGAGCGACGAGAUUGGCGAAUUUAUGCCCCAGCACGAAAAAGAUAUACAGCAGCUGGGCAACGACGUCAAGUAUGUCGAGUCGAAAUUCCUCAUGGUACAGGAAGCCCUCAACCGCGACAUCCAGACGGUCAAGAGCCUGCAAGACGUGACCAAGAAGAACAUUGGCGACGCGCAGCUCUCGUUCAAGGCCGCGGACAACCUGAAGCUCCCCAGCCACUAUCACCAGACAGGCCUGUUCGCAGGCUCUACCCCGUCGGCCGGCUCCAACGACGCCGACGCGUCGUCUACGCACUCGCACGCCCAAGACCUCAUCACAUACUUUAACCGCAUCUGCGACGACGUGGAGAGGUACAAGAAGCGGCUGGACGACUACCGCGGCGAGAUUGAGCGUGACAUGCCCGGCGUCGAGAACGGGCUGUACGAGCAGAUUCGAAGCUUCCGGGACCGCAACGCCGCCAUGAAUGGCAACGGCGGCGGCGGCGGCGGUGCUGUGCAGGAUCAGCUCAACCAGGUGCUCUCGGCGCUGCGAGAGACGGGCAACGCGAUUGUCGCCCAGGCCGGACAGAUUGCGGACACGCGCGAGCGCUUAUCCCGCCUCCAAGCUGGCUUCAUCGACAGCGGACUCUAUGCGAGCAACUAA